UGAUUCGCAUCACGAUCUUAAUCAUAAUAAUAAUAAUAAUAAUAAUAGUAUAUUCUCAUUUUGUACAUGAGAGACGCCAGUUUACAGGCAUCAUCAAUAUGAUAAAUUACAUAUACGAUUAGCAAUCAUAAUUAAUAAUAAUGUUUUAAUAAAAUACACAUUUUUUCCUACUUGUGUAGGACACACCAAAUAUACAGGCAUGGAUAAGCAUUAUAUAAAUUUCAUAAAUUUGGUUUAUGGUCAAGUUACAUGGUUGCUGGCGUUUUUGUCUUAGGUCUGUGGGAACAAUAUAUAACCAGUCAUUCAAUGGAGCACGUCAUGAAAUAUAGGAAUAUUGACUUCGCAUUAACAAAAAAACCCAACUUGAAGUUAUUCCACAAUAUAACAAGUCAUUCAAUGGAGCACAUCAUGAAAUAUCGGAAUAUUGUCUUCGCAUUAACAAAAAAACCCAAGUAAGUUUUGGAUGGAUUAAAAAUACUUGGGAAAAAAUAAAGCUUGAAGUAAUUCCUCAAUAUAACUUGGGUGUGUACAAAUCCGAAUCUUAUUUUUGAUUUGAUUUAUAUCCAAAUUGGGUAAUAAGGAAGCUAUUUUUACAGAUACGAUCAGUUAUGUUAUAAGCUACAAUCGUGACGUUGUAUUACAAAUAGAUACUUUUCCAUUGGUAUAAGAGUAUAUUCCACAAAUGUAAUCCAGGUUGCGUCGUGGAGAAAGUUAAUUCGUUAUUAACCAGGCAACUGAAAGAUACUGGACCAAUAAUGUUUGCAGAUCAUUUGUCAUUGUAAAUGGUCAAAUAUCCACAUUAUUCAUUCUCAUUCAAAAAGUCAAAUGGAAGCUGAAAUGGUGAGAGAAAAAAAGAAGACAAACAACAGCAACGCAAAAGAAAGCAACGGGAGUCCUUAAGGAGUGAUUAUUAGAUAUAUACAUAUAUAUUCUGUUUAGUAACUGUGGUUAUUUUGGUACACAAACUAACUAGUCCCGUUAUGCUAACUUUUAUAUUAUGUGUAAACUAAUAUUAUUACUGUCCUGUGUAGAAAUGUUAAUCAUCUAGUUCCAAUAAUAUUAAAAUUUAUAAUUGUAGUUUGU